UCCUACUAUCGACUGAAUAAAAUUCUUUUAUCUAUCAUUGGACAAUGGCCAUUUCAAUCAAUCAAGAGAGCUCGUAUUAUAUUUUUCAUUAUGAUGACAUUUUUAUUAUCUCAACUUUAUUUACAGAUUACUUCUAUGAUAAAUUAUUGGCCAGAUAUGGAUAUGGUUGUUGAAAGUAUUUUGCCUCUUAUAAUAGCCACAGUUUGUACAGCAAAAAUAAGUAAUUGUAUAAUAAACAAGAAAAAGAUGAAAGAACUUUUAAUAAGAAUGCAAAAUCAUUGGACGUCUUUGUACGACUUAUCGGAUAUUCAAAUUUUAAGAGAUUAUGCAUCAGAUAGUCAAAAUAUGACCAUAAUUUAUUUAAGAAUCAUGUAUGGUGCUUUGUUUAUUUUCGUUCUUAUUCCAACGCUUCAGUCAAUUGGAGAAAAUGUAAUACCUGGACAAAAUGAAACCUAUCCUUUGCUAUUUCCAGUCGAGAAUAUUAUAAAUGUGAAAAAGUAUCAUAUAUAUUUGUUGGUUCAUUCUUAUAUUAGUACAUUUUAUUUUAUAACAAUAUUGCUAUCGGUAGACACAAUGUUUAUAACGUACGUGUCACAUUGCUGUGGAAUGUUUGAAAUUAUAGGGCAUCGACUGAAAAAUAUAACAGCAAAAGGUAUUCAAAAUUCUGUGGAGUGGCGUGAUAAUUCAGAUGAUGACGUUCAUAGGGAAAUAAUAAAAUGUGUUAAAAGUCAUAUUGACAUUUUGCAUUUUGCAGAUCAAAUUCAAUCUGCAUUUUCAAAAUCUUUUCUUUUUCAAAUGGGAUUCAAUAUGAUUGUAAUAAGUGUCACGGGUGUACAGAUUGUCUUGAAUAUGGAAAAUCCGGAUCAAGCAAUGAGAUGGCUUCCGUGUGGGCUCGGUCAAAUAUUACAUGUAUACAUGCAUAGUUUACCAUGUCAAAAAUUAAUUGAUCACAGUCUUAGCAUGCAGAAUGCUGUUUACUUUAGUCCAUGGUAUUCAUUUCCAUUAAAAUCAAGACCUCUGAUAAAAAUAAUUCUUAUGAGAGUACUUAUUCCUUGUCAAAUAACGGCUGGAAAAUUGUAUGUUAUUUCUAUGGAAAGUUUCGGUGUGGUACUCAAAACAUCAAUGUCUUACUUUACUCUCUUCUUGUCUGUAAGAUAAUUAUGCAAACAUUUUGGAAGAAAGUAAAAUUUUAUCAACUAUUUAAAUUUGGUAUUAUUAUUUAGUAUUAUC